AUGGUUUUUUUAUUUGAUUUUGGCGAGGAUUGCUGUAAUGAUAUUAAUUCAAGAAUAGAUGAUCCAAUCAUUGGAGAAGAGCUCAUACAUUCAGAUGCAAUAAAUAGUACCAGUGAACCUACAUUGAUUGAUGACAUCGACAAAAAUGGAUAUAUAGUUCAUGAUGAGGAAGAAAUCAUUGAAACGGGUGAGAUAAAUGAUGAAACACAAUAUUUUGUCGACAUAGACGGACAUCUUUCACAUGAGGAUAAUGAAACCGAUCCAAACGAUGUUUUCAAUCAAUCUUUUGAGGGCUGUAUAAUCGGGGAAAAAUUUAAUGAUGCAGAAGAUGCUUAUAAUUUCUAUAACGAGUAUGGUCUGUCUAAAGGUUUUGGUAUCCGAAAGCAUUACCACAAUAAGCACUCGGGCACAAAGGAAAUAUACCGACACAUAUUUGUGUGUAACAAACAGGGUUUCAAGUGUAGAAAGCAAACAACAGACAAUGUAAAACCACGUUGUAUUAGGCGUACAGGGUGUAAGGCGAUGAUACAAGUGACUCUGUCAGAGCAAGGAAAGUGGGUUGUGGACAAGUUUGAGGAUGAACACAAUCAUCCUUUGGAUAAUCUGUCACAGGUACCAAGACAGUGGUCUCACAAGGUCUUUCAUCGUUCCAAAGAAUGUAAGGAUCUUGUAAAAUUGAUGUCACAACAAGGCAUCAUACCUAGUGCAAUCACGAAAAUAGUGAAUGCAUAUAAGGGUAAUCUAGAGGACAAACUAACACGAAUUCAGUGUUCUGCUAUUGUUGGUGAAGAAAGGAAAUUCAACUUAGGCAAAGAGUGUCAUGGAAUUAUUAUGCAUUUUCAAGAGAAAGCUAAGGUGGAUAAAGAUUUUUAUUUUGCAAUAGAUUUGAACACCGAUGGGACAUUUAAAAGUGUGUUUUGGGCUGAUGGCCGAUCAAGAUCCGCUUAUAACCAGUUUGGUGAUGUUGUUGUUUUUGAUGUAACUUACAAGACGAAUACAUUUGGCUUGCCAUUUGCUCCGUUUGUUGGGGUUAACCACCAUGGUCAAACUAUUUUGUUUGGAGCAGCAUUGUUAGAAAAUGAAACCGAGGUGACAUUUACAUGGUUGUUCAAAAAUUUUCUAGAAUGCAUGUAUGAUUGUCCACCUAUUUCUAUCAUUACCGACCAAGAUAUGGCUAUGGGUAAAGCAAUUCAAAAGGUGUUCCCCAACUCAAGGCAUCGAUUUUGCGCUUGGCAUAUUAGAAAGCAUGUUAUAGAGCACCUUCAACCAUUACGCUCUCGAUUUUUUGAUUUUAAAGAUACCUACAAUAAGUGGGUAAAAAGCCAAAAUAUUAGUGAUUUUGAAGCAGGCUGGGAAGUUUUAAAGGAGAAAUAUAACAUAGAUGAUGAUACUUGGUUGGGAAAGAUGUAUAAGUUACGUCGUUUUUGGGUUAAAGCAUAUCUCAAAGAAACAUUUUUUGCUGGAAUGACAACUAGCGGGCGAAGUGAAAGCAUUCAUUCAUUUUUUUGA